AUGCUGCCAUUGCUUCCCGGUUUUGAAGGUGAUAUUGGCGCACCUGGUGGUUCAGCACUACAGGCAGUUCUGUCCUGGACCUACAAGUCACUUUCACGAGGACCGGGCUCGCUGAUUGAGAAUUUGAAGCGGGCAAUUCCUGAUCCAAUGGAAUAUAUUCAUAUUGGCUCUUUGCGUACUUACAACACUCUCUCUGGCAAGUUGCUGACUGAAUUAAUUUACAUACACUGUAAAUUGAUGAUUGUGGACGACAGAUAUGUGAUCAUUGGUUCAGCAAAUAUCAACGAUCGUUCGCAGGCCGGCAACAGAGAUUCCGAGGUGCUCCCUCUUUCAGAGCACCUUGGAUUAUUACCAGAGCAGAAGAGAAAGCCGCCUCGAAUGAAAAUAGAUUUGGACGACCCAGUCGCCGAUUCCUUCUUCGUAGGCACUUGGGGAGCAAUUGCCAAAAAGAAUACGGAAAUUUUCGAAAAGGUGUUCAAUGUGCUCCCAACCGAUAAAUUGAAGGAUUUCGAGGAACUAAGAGUUCACGUUGCGAAGAUUCCUUUGAGCGAAUCUGUGCCGCAGGUGGCCGAAGAGUAUCUUCGAGAUCUGGUCGGUAGUCUUGUGGAAUUCCCACUCGAUUUCCUCUGCAAUGUGAAUCUGGUGCCCGGAUUUGCAUCCAAGGAGGGUAUUGUGCCGUCAUCCGUAUUCACAUAA